CCCACUCUUUUUCUCCUACCUUACUUUCUAAAUAAAAGGGAUAAUUAGCCAACUGGCAUUUUUGAUUCAUUCAUAUGAAGAUAAAAUGAGUAUCAACAUAAAUUUAGUAAAGGACAAAUGCACAAUUUCCCUAUACCCUUAUUAUAUCCUAUAUCAACAUUUCAUUAUUUCUUUUCAUUUUUGCACUAUCCCAUUCCCUCUCCUCUUCUUUCUUCUUUUUUCUCCCCCUUCUUUCAAAGGGAUUAUUUAUUUAUAAAUCUAAGUUUCUAAUAUAAGAAAAUGAAUAAUAUUGGUGGUUCUGAUGAAUGGAGUACAGGGUGUGAAUCCGGUUGGACUAUUUAUUUAGAUGAAUCAGCGUAUAUUUCAAGAAAUAAUGAUAACCCAAAUCAAAAUUAUUAUACAAGAAUCAUUAAUUCUGAUGUUAAUGACAUUGAUGAUCAGGAUUUAUCAAUGGUUUCUGAUGCAUCUUCAGGCCCUCCACAUUGUAAGCACCAAUUCAAUGAUGAUGAACAACAACGUUAUUAUAGUAGAAGCAAUCAGAAUAGCUGUUAUUCUGAGAAAUCUUCUAAAACAAGUCAGAAAAGAUUGAAGAAACCCAAUAAAAAAGAUCAAAAGAAGGUGGGUUUUAAUAAACAUAAUGAUGAUGAUGAUGAUAAUCAACAAUAUCACGCCUGUUAUAGUAGUAGUAAUCUUCUUCUUGAUGAUACUGCUAGUUCUCCUUUUUCCCAUUCUCAGAUAUAUGGUAAUAAUCCCUCUUCUAUGGGCUUCUCACAGAGUGCGUCAUCCACCCUCUUUCAGGCUGAGAAUUCAUCAUACACUAAUCAAUAUGCUUUCUGGCAAUCUUCUCAAGUAAAUGAUGCAUAUAAUUCUGCUCAACCAAGUAAACGGAGAGGAGGAGGAUGGCAAUGAGAAUAGAGAAGCUUAGGUAUUGAAGCGUUCUCUCUCAAAGAGGGAAAUAUGAAGAAAUGGGUUAGGAUUUGAAGGAGAAUAAAGGGUGUAAAAAAAAAAAAUCUUAGAUGGAUACUAUAUCUAUCUUUUUUAUAUUUUUCCUUUUUAAAACUUUUUUAUGAUUAAUAUAUAUUUUAACCUUUUUUAAGUAUAUUUUUCAUCUGAUAUUGUCAAUACAAUGGGAAACAACAU